AUGUCCCAUCGCUCUGAUGACCAUAGUCAUAGUUUCAGCAAUGAACAAACAGAAACCACUCACAACCCCAAGGCCAAGUUUCCCAAAACCUCAAGGUUCUUCAGUAACUCGUCAUUGCCUGAUUUGAAAACAUUUGAAGUUAUUAGGCAAAACAAAAAGAUCUUAUUCAAUGGUCAACUGACAAAUUUCAACUAUUCACCCUUCAAUUUACCCCAACAAAAACUCAAAGCUAGCAUACCUUUAGAUUAUAGAAAUUUACCUAGCAAGAUUUUGACCCUGCCUGUUAGCAACUCUGCUUUUUCGAAGAAUGAAAUCCCAUGUUUUUCUCUAACCCAGGAGCAAACAAAAGAUCCUAUAGCAUUUAUUGAGAGUAUAAUGGAGGUUGGCAAAGAAUAUGGUGCUGUAAAAGUGAAACUACCUCAAAAUGAUGUUGAGUUGUUUCAAAGUACUAAUCAAAUAAAUUCCGAUUUGUUUUGGUUUCAAACCAAUAAAUUGCUAAAUAAUCCACCUGAAGAUGAAGUAUACAUGCGAUUGAAAUUUCAUCAUGAUUUACUUGAAUUUCAUCAAAGUGAGGAACUGGUAAAGUAUGAAGAUCAAGAAAGCAAAAGGAGUGGUAAUACUUCUGCUUCAUCUGGUUCUCAACAGGCCAAUAAAAUGCCCAUGAUUGAUAAACGCCCUUUAGAUUUGUAUAAAUUAUUUCAAUCAGUGAUUAUCCGUGGUGGGUUUAUUGAGGUGAUAAAUAAAAAACUUUGGGCUCAAAUUGGUAGAGAACUAGGCUAUAAAGGAAAGAUUAUGACAAGUUUGAGUAGUUCCUUGAAAUCUUCGUAUCAGAAAAUUCUUUAUCCGUAUGAAUUGUAUCUUCGAGAGAAACAGUCGAUUUUGGAAGUGAAACAGGAAGAAUUAAAACAUAUACAAGUCAAAAAAGAGAAUAAAAUCGAUUUUUUGGUUAAUCGUGAUGAAUCUAAUGAAGAUUUACAAAGGAAUUUCAAUGGGAAAAGGGAGUUAAAUGAAGAUUUUUCAUCCAACAAAAGGAUUAAAACUGAAGGGUAUACUGCACCAUUGAUUAUAGGUUCAGCUAAGGAUUUUAGAAGAUCAGUUAAAUCAAAAUUAAGAAAAGGAUAUCUUUUAAACUCCCCAUUGUCAAUUGAUAUUAAACAGCCCAAUGUCUUUACUAUAAAGCAGGAUGAGAAAAAACGAAGAAGACAAAAUGAAAAAGUGGAUAUUACUAUACUGCCUCAAACUCAGUUAGAUUCUGCAAUUCGCUACAUAGCAAAUAGUCAAGAUGACUCAAGAGUUAAAGCAGCACCCAAAAUUGCUUCUAUUUAUACAUUGCGACAAUUCAUGGAAAAGGACAUAAAAUUCCAAGAGUUUUUGGUUCAGAAUAAUCUGAUCCAGUUUAGCAAUGUCAAUGUCACUGAUCGAAACUUGAUACCUCUUCAAUGUCUAGAGAAAUUAUACUGGGAGUAUAUAAGUAGUAGCAAGGGUUCAAAUCUAUUGAAUUUUGGUUUGGAAUUGGAAAUGGGGAAGGACAUUCCGAAUUAUAUUAACGGAUCUGGGUUUGUGAAAAUGGGCGAUGACUUGAUCAAUUACAAGAAUCACUUAAAUAGUGAACAUUUGAAUUUGUCUCAUACCAAACUGGGUCCUCAUAACUCGUCAAAUUCAACCAAAUCUAAUAAUUCUACAGUAAACCAGCCUAUCCAAUUUGAUCUGCAAAGAUUUAACGAUGACGAUUUCAUUAACAAAUUGCUUCAGUCGGCAUUACAUCCAUGGAAUUUGCAUAAUUUACCAACUUUGCCAAACGCCUUAUUAGGUGCUUUAGAUAAAACUGAUGUGAACGAUUAUGAUUUGAAUGAAUCUAGAAUUAAUAUUGGCAUGACUUUUUCCACGGAUAAUUGGACUUGUGAAGAUCAUUUUACCAAUUUAGUCAAUUUCCAAUUUUUCGGAGCAGUGAAAAAAUGGUAUUUCAUUCCCGAACUGGAGUUUACCAAAUUUGAAAGUUUGAUUGAAAACAUACAGAUGAGAGACCAACUGAGAUCAAAUAUAAAUAAUAAAAAACCAGUAGAUAUUGAUAGAAUAAUGAAACUUUUGAAAAAACUGGAGGAUGAUGUUGAUUAUGAAGUUGUUUUAAAAACACUAGAUAAUCUAAUUAAUGUUGAUAAAGAUGUACGAUUAAAUAUUGGAAAUGAGAAAUUUGCAAACCUUAUUGGUAAAGGAGCAAAAUUCAAUUAUAACCAAGAAUUUAUGAUUACACCAGAAUUACUUGAUAGUUUUGGUAUCAGAUAUACAACAGCAGUACAAGAGCCGGGUGAAUUUAUUAUAAAGUUCCCCAAAACGUAUUCGUCAACAAUUUCAUUUGGAUUUAAUUUAAGUGAAGAGGUGAAUCUAGCAACUAAAAGCUGGCUUGAUUAUGCAUUAGAAAGUGAAAAAUGGUUAGCGAAACAGAAUAUUAUUCCUGGAUUUCUGACAUUUAAGUUACUUGUAAACCUUGCAUUGAUGUAUGAAGGAGGCACCAACUUACUAUUUGAUUCAGAUAUAUUCUAUAAAGCGGCAACAAUGUAUGAUCAAUUAUAUCAGGAGGAGAUUAAUUCUAGAAACGAGGUGAGAAAGUUUAGAAUUAAAGAAAUGGUAGUUGAUGGCACUGUUGAUAUGCUAUCAGAUGAUUCCUUUGCCAACCUUUACCCAUCCAGAAUAGUGGCGACAGAUCCCAAGUCCAAAAAGUCAGUAAUUAUGUCAAUGCAAAAGUUCAUACAAUGUCAACAACAAGAAGAAGAAAAUUUUAUGAAACAGUUUCAAAUAGAACUACAAUUGUGUUAUUCUGAUGAGAAAUUAAGGUACUUUUCAAAAAUUUUGAAUAGUUAUUCUGUUGACUUUGAAUCUUGGGUUAAUAAUUAUGAACAAUUGAUGAGAGAAAACUCCGAUGUUUUAUUGAGAACGUAUAAAGCGUUACUUAGUGAUGGUGAAAAAAUCUAUUCAUCAAUUGUCUCAUCUGCUGUUAAACAACAAGAUAUUGAUCAAGAAAAGUUCAAAACGUUCAAGAAUCAAGUAGAAAAUUUAAGGACUUUUAUUGAUAACUCCAAUGCCUUUGUUGAGAAAUGUCAGAAUUUAUUGUCUAUAAAGCAUCAACAAAGAAUAAGAAACGGCAAUGAUAUUUUCCGUGAAAAAUCAUAUUCUUAUGGUGACUUGUUGAAAUUAGUUGAUAGUAUAUCGAAAUUGAACUUUAUGUGUCCUGAAAUUGAGCAAAUCUUAGAAUUUAAAAAUGAGAUUGAGAAUUUUGACAAGGCCAGUAGAUUAUUAUUGUCGAAGAAAAGCAAAUCCAUUCAAGAAUUUGAUGAUUUGAUUAGUUUAGGAGAGAGUUUUGGUCUUGAUAUUCCAUCAUUAAAUUUCAUUAUUAGAAUCAGAGACCGAUUGAAAUGGUUACGAACUUAUUCUUUGAUUGAAAAAGGUGUAGAUCCUUAUGGAGACAAAAAUGAAGUGUUUUCUAUUUAUGAUUUGCGUAAAUUCUUGGACCAAGGGAUUUCCGUAUUAUCCAAAGAUGAUUUGCCGAUGAUUAAACAAGUGGAAACCAUAUUGAAUGCUAGUAAUGCCUUUGAUCUUGAAGUAUCAAAAUUUUUAAAAUACAAUUAUGUUCUUGAAUUGGAUUUGAAUAGAUUAAGUGAUAUUGCCAAAAGAUUUAGUACUGAAAAGUUGUUUAUUUCCAUGAAUAAUUAUCAUGAGUUAUCCAAAUUACAUAUUAACAUUAAAUUGAUUGAACAAUUCAAAGAAUUGGAGGCAGCUUCAUAUCCUGAACUCAAACAAUUGCAUAAUUCAGUUUUAGAAAGUGGUUUAAAAUUUGACACGGAAAUUUUAUCAAAAAAAUUGGCAGGUGUUGAAUCAUGGAUUGAUUUGAGUUGGAAUAAACUCUCUAAAACCAAAGUUAUUACCACAUUAAAUAAAAGUAUUGAUAUCGAUCGCUUAAACUCAAAAUUGACAAUUAAUGCCAAACUACUAGAGAAGUUGUUGCAAUUGCUUUAUAAAUCCGAGUUUAGCUUGUCCGAGGACGACAAAUAUGAAGAAUCUUCGUCAUAUUUGGCAAAUAAACUGGAUCAACCCGAUACUGAGGAUGAAGUUACACCCAAAUAUUAUUGUGUAUGCAGAGAAUAUGAAUAUGGGACUAUGGUUGAAUGUGAUAAAUGUAAUGAGUGGUAUCACGUUCAAUGUGUUAAAGAUGUUUCAAAUCCUGACGCCGAUAAGUACAUUUGUCCAACGUGUCUUGUGAUAAGUACGACAAGCAAUUACAAUCAAUUUUUGCAAAACCAAAUUACUCUUGGUGAAUUAAAAGAAAUCUAUUCCAAAGGUGAAUUAUUAAAUGCUCGGUCAAUUAACGAAAUGACUAUUAUGAAGGACUUGAUUGAUGAAUUAACCAAACAUCAUAUAAGACUACAAAAUCAAAUAGAACGAAUUGUUUUACAAAGUGAUAUUGCUGCCAAAAUAGACAGUUUAAGGUUGAUAUUGCGGAAAUUGUAUGGAAACGGUGUUUUAUUGAAUGAUAUUUGGGAACAUGUUUUGAAUUUGAUCAAGGGAUACGAAAGGAUUCUUGAAGAUGAUAAAAAGUUAAGCAUGGAAAUCAUACCGAUUGAGAGUAUUUCUACCACAGAAAAUAUCGAAAAGGUGAUUCAGAAAGAUGAACUGUCAUUAUUGUCACGCAAUAAUAUCAAUCAAGAAAAGGGUGAUUCAAAUACAAUUGAAAAAAAAGUUGAGAUUGGGGCUGGUAAUGCUUCUAACAUUCUGCAAGAGUCUGAAAUGAAGGUGCCUUUUGAUGAAAAGUCUAGUAAUUUGGAAAAGACUCAAGUUCUGCCACAACAAUCAGUUACCCCACAAGUUACUACUAGUAUUAAGGUUGAAGAAAUCCUUAAUAAAACCGAGGAUUAUGGUGAUAUUGUUAAACAGACAGAAUUAGAAACUUCUGAAGACCAUUCAAUUUCUGGAGUUCGGCUGAAUCAAACAGAGGUUGUUGAACAUGAAAUGUAA